AUAAUAACACCUUUUAAGAAAAAAACGUCAUCAUGAAUCUGUUUUGGAAAAAAAAUACAUGAAAAAUAAAUAUUAUGUGGCUAAAUUAUAUAUAAUGUGACUGCAAGAAAGGUUUAUCAAAACUUAUAAAAUUACUUCUGUGAUAUGCCAGGGCCCGAUGUUAGAACGGAUAAAAAUGUACUGGGCGAGAUGUCUACAGAGCCUACGGCGACCGUACAUAGUGGGGUCGAGGCCAAAGCUGACAGAAAGUUAACAGUAUUAGAAACUCACGGAUAUGUGUUAGGAAGAACCAUAGGUUCUGGAUCGUAUGCAACAGUAAAGGUAGCAUCCAGCGACAGACACAAUUGCCAAGUAGCAAUAAAAAUAAUAAGCAAGUUCCAAGCACCCGGCGACUACCUGAAAAAGUUUCUGCCAAGGGAAAUAGAAGUUGUGAAAGGCUUAAAGCAUGAAAAUUUAAUACGUUUCCUACAAGCAAUCGAAACCACUCACAGAGUGUAUAUUGUAAUGGAGUACGCUGAGAACGGAAGUCUGCUGGACAUCAUACGUAAGGACCAGCACAUCGACGAAGUCCGCGGCCGACGCUGGUUCCGUCAACUCGUAGAAGCAGUAGACUACUGCCACGACAGAGGUGUUGUUCAUCGGGACAUAAAGUGUGAAAAUCUACUAAUGGAUCAUGGCCUGAAUAUAAAAUUGUCAGACUUUGGUUUUGCGCGAGGUCACAUGAAGCCGAAGAAUGGAGUGUAUGCAUUAAGCGAAACCUUCUGCGGCAGUUAUGCUUACGCCUCCCCUGAGAUACUCAAAGGAGUUCCAUAUAGACCUCAGGACUCUGAUAUCUGGAGUAUGGGAGUUGUUCUCUACGCUAUUGUCUAUGGACGUCUGCCUUUCGAUGAUACUAAUUAUACGCAACUUCUUAAGCCUAAAGCGAGUAUCUAG